AUGAAAUCCGAAAGCCUUGCUCUUCUCGGGUUCUUCUUCUCCUCGGCCCUCGCCAUCCCGAAGCUCGAGACGCGACAUGAGUCGCCCAAUGAGCAACCCAUCCAUGGUGGCAAGGGUGCCCCUAUCCUCGGCGGUACCAACAAGCCUAUCGAUAAACAAAACCCGGACCACCUCCGUACCCCCAGCACUGACAACGGGUUCGUGCCUAAUGUCAAGUGGAGCUUCUCUGAGUCGCAGACCAAGCUGUUCCCUGGUGGUUGGUCUCGCGAGCAGGUCAUCCAGGAUCUCCCGCAGAGUCAUGAUAUCGCCGGUGCUCAGCAGCACUUGAAGAAGGGCGCCAUCCGCGAGUUGCACUGGCACCGAGUGGCCGAAUGGGGUUUUGUCUACAAUGGUUCUCUACUUUUGACCGGAGUUGACGAGAACGGCGGCUUCACCACGGAGAAACUGGAGACAGGCGAUAUCUGGUACUUCCCCAAGGGUGUGGCACACAAUGUCCAGGGUCUGGACGAGGAGAACGAGUACCUUCUCGCCUUUGACGACGGUGACUUUGAGAAGAUUGGAACUACCUUCAUGGUCGACGACUGGAUCGCCCAUACUCCCCCUGAGAUCCUGGCCAAGAACUUCGGCGUGAGUUCCGACGUCUUCAAGACCGUGCCUAAGAAGUUCCCGUACAUUCUGAACGGCACGGUCAGUGAGGAUUCCAAGAAAGCACCCGAGGGCACUCUAAAGGGCGACAGUUCGUACGUCUACCACACGUACGAGCACAAGUCGGAGCCCGUCCCCGGUCACGGUGGAACUUUUCGCAAGAUUGACUCAACCAACUUCCCCAUCUCCAAGACCAUUGCUGCCGCGAUUGUCGAACUGGAGCCUAAGGGUCUGCGUGAGCUGCACUGGCACCCCAACGCGGAGGAGUGGCUUUACUUCCACCAGGGCACUGCUCGUGCGACGAUUUUCCUUGGUGACUCCAAGGCGCGCACAUUCGACUUCACGGCUGGCGACACAGCCGCAUUCCCGGACAACAGUGGCCAUUACAUUGAAAACACCUCGGAGACUGAGAGGCUGGUCUGGAUUGAACUCUACAAGAGCGACCGCGUGGCAGACAUUUCUCUCUCCCAGUGGCUCGCCCUGACCCCAGCUGACACCGUCGCUAACACUCUGAAGAUUGACAUUGACGUAGUCAAGAGGAUCAAGAAGGAGAAGCAGCUCCUGCUUCAAGGCAAAAAAUAG